CUAAUCCUUGGGAGCCAAUAAUCUGGUGGUAAGUUAAAAGCGAAAUUUACCUUUGACACCGUGGCAUACAUGGAGGAUCAAGUUUGAAAUUAAAGCGAAUACGAACGUACAAAGACGGAUGAUGGCGGAUCAACUGACAAGAGAUCGAGGGCAGAUGAGGAGGAUGUUCGUUUCAGUCAUGGCGCUGUUUUUCAUCAACUUCUUUGAGAUGGGUGUUCUGAAGAGCUUUAGCGUCCUGGUGGACGAUCUUGUCAUCCAACUCAACACAAAUCUUGGUACAAUCGGGGCCAUAGUCGGAAUCUACAACGGCAUCACAUAUGCCCUUGCACCAUUCAUCGCACCGUUUGUGAAUAUAAUGAGUGUGCCUCUCAUCUCUGUCAUCUGUGCAGUGGGUUCGAUGUCACUCAGUCUAGCGUAUUUAGCUUCUGAUGUCAUCCAGUUUGGUACGGUGUGUCUACUCUCUGGAAUUUGUUACUCAGUCGUCCGUCUGGGAGGAGUGAUCCUCUUCUAUAAAAAUGUACGUAGGAACUUCUCCAUCACGUUUGGCAUCGCAGACACCGGCAACGCCAUCGGAAUGAUGACUGUACCCAUUCUGACCGAAUUUUUUCUAGAGACCUAUGGUUGGAAUGGAACCAUUCUUCUACUUGGUGGGCUUCUCUUCCAGAACUCCAUCUUCCUACUACUCAUGAAGGAACGUCCUCUAGAACCCCAUGACGACGAUGACGACAACGACAACUCUGAAACGCAAGAGACGAGGGUGUCACGCCCUGUUGAUUCCGAAGCAGAAGAUGAUGUCUUUGAUGAGGAUGACGACCUACUUCAGCGAAGUCUUGACGGUGGUGGAAGACCUCAUGCUACCACGCCCUCACCCUCCAUAUGGAGAUGUUGUUACUGCAUCUACUCAUACUUCGGCCUCUCCUUGUUCUUCGAGUGCCGAUACACUAUUGUGGUCAUGCUACUCAUGGUGUUCCUUGGUAUGGUCAACACGUCUUGGCUCGUCUUCCUCAUUCCGCAUGGUGUAUCUAGGGGCUUCCGUUUGUCAAGGGCGGUAUUCUUGGCAACUUGUGGAGGCUUUGGAAACGUCUUGGGCCGCGUCAUCCAGGGACCAAUCAUCGACUGGGAGUGGAUGACAUCCUUAGAUCUCACCAUCAUCUUCACCGCCAUUAAUGCUGUGGUGUUUCUCGUGGACCCUCUGGUGUUUGAUUUUGUUUUACUGUGCAUCGCUGCGUUUGUGGGAGGGAUAACCAUUGGUGCAAGAACAACGUUGACAGUGGUGAUUGCAAAGGAAUACUUCCCGCCAGACACAUUCUCAACUGUCUAUGGAUUACAGUGCCUGUUCUACAGUGUGGGUGAACCUCUUGGAGGUAUCCUGGCCGGUUGGUUGGCCAAUCGAAUGAGCUUCAGUGUCUCUUUCAUGGUGCUGGGUGGAGUUGAAGUCCUAACCAUUCUGGUGUUGAUGCCAACACGAUACUUGAUCAAUAGAAAUACGACUUAAACUUCCAUCAAUCCUGAUGAUGCAAAAGCGGGUUGUAUCUGCAUCCUCACCAUUAAUAGCCAUAAACAACAUUAAAGCAGCCUUAUUACCCGAGAAAAUAUGCACUGCAGAAAAGACGAAUGAGCAUUGCAAAUGGGGAUUCCAUUCCCCUUUCUGUAUAGCCCCCCCCCCCCUCUCACACUCUCUCUCUCUCUCUCUCUCUUCUUUAUCGGUAAUGUGCCAAACUCAUUCGCAUGAAAAUCAGUAGCCAUGAUCUUGUUAUUUCGCGUGACCGUUUUGUUGAUCUGAAAUACAAUCCGUUUCUAUGGUGGUUAUCUAGUCAUCUGCAUUAUAUAUUAUUGUAUCGUUGUGGAGAAAUUAAAAGAAUAUCAUCUUAUGACUUAAGGCCUUUAUAUGGAAGAUCUACACUUUUUGGCUAUAAUUAUGGAAAGCGCAGAAAGUAAUUUUUGAUAUCGUGAUAGAGCCUUCAGUUGCGUGAGCUUUCUUGAUGGGCCAUUUGAAUUAGGAAGCUAUUUGAAAACGCAAAAGAAAGAAACCAGGAAUAAUUCUCCCCCGGUAAAGUUUGACAGCCAAAUCGGUCCAUAUAUGUCAAUUCAAAGGAAAUAUUAAUUGGAUAAAUUGAGGAUAUUCAAAUUUA